GGCAGAGGCCGUGGUCCAAGCUGUGGUCAUGUCUGGGAAGGAGCAGGAAGCAUCCAGCUUAUGAGAUGGGAGAAUCUAGGUAUACAUCACAGGAUGCACAGGAGGCUAUAGGACAGGAACUGUCUCCUCGGAACACUUUUGGAACAUUCCCAGGCCAGCGGCUCUCAGAGGCUAAUCCCAGGAGUGCCUGAAUCCCUUCAGUUUGCUGUUCCUGCAGUUUGCCUGCUGAAGUGGGUGCUUCGUCCAAAGUUGUUUCUUGUGGCUCCAAAAAGCCUUCCGCUGAGAUUCUCUGAACCCUGGGAGUUUGUGCUCAUAGUAACACAACCAUAACUCACAAUCCUAAGAGGCACAAAGCUCUGGCAAACACCUGCCAAUACCUCUACAAGGCUGGCUUCAGAGGGCGAACUCUUCCAGGCCCCGAGGAGUGCCCAGCCAAGCUUUGGGGAAAGACCCAGGAAUGGUGUGACAAAGACCAGGAAUCUGUUAAAUCCUGUCUCCUACAUCUGCUGCGAACACCCUCAUGGAGAAAUACCACUUCCCAGUUAAGGAGAUGUCAGAAAUACUCCAUAGUCAUCAUGAAGGACCACUGUCCUGGGCAGUGAAGAAUCUGAGACCCAGACCGAGAGACUCAGAGACAGCCCUCGGUGUUGCUCGGUGACAGCCCUCAUUGCAAGACCUUGCAGGGAAGAGGCAAUCACUUGGGAUAGAACAGGAAGUCUCAAAGUCGGGAGUCCAGAACCGAUGCUGACUGGCCUGAGCCUCCAGGAGGAACAAGAUCAUCUGGGAGCUGGCAUACCCAGAGGCCCACAGCCUGCUUGCUGUCUAGAGAAGAGGUGGAAAGGAAGCCUGGUUCAGAGUGAAACGGAAGUGCCUGAGCUCUGACAAUUGCUUUUACGAAGUCUCUGCAGCCAGGAGGGAAGUAAAACUGUCAGGCAUCUGCAGCUUUGACCCCUGAAAGUUCAUGGGGCAGCAACAGGUGAAAGUUACACAAGAACUGAGAAACAUUCAAGGUGAGCAGAUGACAAAACUUCAAGCCAAACAUCAAGCAGAAUGCGAUUUACUUGAAGAUAUGAGGACUUUCAGUCAGAAGAAGGCUGCUAUUGAAAGAGAAUAUGCACAGGGUAUCCAGAAGUUGGCUAGUCAAUACCUGAAAAGAGAUUGGCCUGGAAUAAAAACUGAUGAUCGGAAUGAUUACAGGAGUAUGUAUCCUGUUUGGAAAUCUUUUCUCGAGGCAACAAUGCAGGUAGCCCAGUCUCGGAUCAAUAUAUGUGAAAACUAUAAAAACUUCAUUUCUGAACCUGCAAGAGCAGUAAGAAGCUUAAAAGAACAACAACUAAAGCGGUGUGUGGAUCAGUUGACAAAGAUCCAAACAGAAUUACAAGAAACUGUGAAAGAUUUAGUGAAAGGCAAAAAGAAGUACUUUGAGACUGAACAGAUGGCUCAUGCAGUAAGAGAGAAAGCUGACAUCGAAGCAAAGUCUAAACUUAGUCUUUUUCAAUCAAGAAUCAGUUUACAGAAAGCAAGUGUGAAGUUAAAAGCCCGGCGAACUGAAUGUAAUACCAAAGCUACCCACGCAAGGAAUGAUUACCUUCUUACGCUAGCCGCAGCAAAUGCACAUCAGGACCGCUACUAUCAAACAGACUUACUUAACAUCAUGAAGGCUCUUGAUGGAAAUGUAUAUGACCAUCUCAAGGAUUACUUAAUAGCCUUCAGCCGGACCGAGCUAGAAGCUUGCCAGGCUAUGCAGAAUACAUUCCAGUUUUUACUAGAAAACUCCAGCAAGGUGGUACGGGACUAUAACCUUCAGCUGUUUCUACAAGAGAAUGCUGUAUUUCACAAGCCUCAGCCCUUCCAGUUCCAGCCUUGUGACAGUGAUACUAGUCGACAAUUAGAAUCAGAAACUGGUACCACAGAAGAACACAGUCUAAAUAAGGAGGCUCGAAAAUGGGCCACUCGUGUGGCACGUGAGCACAAAAAUAUUGUUCAUCAGCAGCGGGUUCUAAAUGAACUAGAAUGCCAUGGAGUUGCUGUAUCAGAACAGAGCCGAGCAGAGCUGGAACAGAAAAUAGAUGAAGCUAGAGAAAAUAUCCGUAAAGCUGAGAUCAUUAAAUUGAAAGCUGAGGCUCGGCUAGACCUACUGAAGCAGAUUGGGGUUUCUGUAGAUACGUGGUUAAAGAGUGCCAUGAACCAGGUGAUGGAGGAACUGGAAAAUGAGCGGUGGGCCCGCCCUCCGGCCGUGACCAGCAACGGCACUCUACACUCGCUUAAUGCAGAUGCUGAAAGAGAAGAAGGAGAAGAGUUUGAAGACAACAUGGAUGUUUUUGAUGACAGCAGCUCCAGCCCUUCUGGCACCUUAAGAAAUUAUCCACUCACCUGCAAAGUUGUUUAUUCCUAUAAGGCUUCUCAACCAGAUGAGUUGACCAUUGAGGAACAUGAGGUGUUAGAAGUGAUUGAAGAUGGAGAUAUGGAAGACUGGGUAAAGGCUCGAAAUAAAGUUGGCCAAGUGGGUUAUGUGCCAGAAAAAUACCUACAGUUUCCCACCUCAAACAGCCUACUGAGCAUGCUACAGUCUCUGGCUGCUUUGGACAGUCGGUCACACACGUCCAGCAAUUCCACAGAAGCAGAACUUGUUUCAGGCAGCCUGAAUGGAGAUGCUAGUGUCUGUUUUGUGAAAGCACUUUAUGAUUAUGAGGGCCAGACAGAUGAUGAGUUGUCCUUUCCCGAGGGAGCAAUUAUCCGCAUUGUGAACAAAGAGAACCAAGAUGAUGAUGGCUUCUGGGAAGGGGAAUUCAGUGGCCGAAUUGGUGUUUUCCCAUCGGUGCUAGUGGAAGAGCUCUCAGCCUCUGAGAAUGGCGACACUCCAUGGACAAGAGAUAUUCAGGUCUCUCCAUCCCCCAAGCCUCACACAUCCCUGCCUCCACUGCCUCUGUAUGACCAGCCUCCCAGCAGCCCUUACCCCAGUCCAGAUAAGAGGAGCUCCCAGUUCUUCCCCCGGUCUCCUUCAGCCAAUGAAAACUGCCUUCAUGCUGAGUCACCAGGAUUCUCACAGGCCUCAAGACAGACUCCUGACACCUCGUAUGGCAAGCUGCGGCCUGUUCGGGCGGCACCCCCACCACCCACACAGACCCACCGACGGACAGCUGAGAAGAUGGAGGAUGUGGAGAUCACACUGGUGUGACCAUGGAUUUACCUCCGUUCCUGCUACAAUCAAGGCCAGGCUUGGGGUUUGGCCAGUCUCUUUCUUAGGCACCUUUGCAUGAUGAUGACUCUUGAACAGAGCAAAACCAAGGAGGAUUCGAUGUGACUGGUUGGCCUGAUUGUGCCUUUUUUGUUGUCAUUUUCUAUGUCAUCUCUCCUACCAUAGCACAAUUCAUAGCGGGUCCUAGAAGCAGAGGGGAGCAGCUCUCAUGCCUUAUGGUGGCCCAUUUUUAUAUGAGACUCAAGGCCAGGCCUAGAUCCAGGGCACAGACCCAGAAUUACCAAUUGUGUGAACUCGUACAGUAUAUUACUGUGGCCACGAGGCUGUGGCAAAGAUCUCAUCUUUCCUCAAGUGGAUUUUGCUCUUCUGAUUAUUAUUCAAAUCAUGUUGACUGUGUAAGGAAAUGAGGGAUCCAGGAGAGGCUGGCUCCUCCCCAGGUUCAUUCCCAUACUGAAAAUGCAACUUUAUUGGGAAGAAGGUGGACUGUCUGAGCUUAGCGCCAAUUGCAUUAAUGCACAUCUCUUCCACAACUAACAGAUUUAAAAUAACAGUGUCCUUUGUAUUAAUAUUUACGCCAUUCAUUUAGUAUUAGUGGGCUGACCUGGAGGGGCUGAGGCCACAUCUUUCCCAUCACAUAGACUAGAAGGGAGGCUGGGGAAGACGCAGAGAUGCAGCUUCCACGUCGGAAAUGAGCCACUUUAAUGCUCUUUUUACCUUUGGGUAUUUUCCUCUUGGUUUUUACAGUGUAUAUCCUUCUGACCAGUGUCCUUUGAAUCCAAGUGUCCGGCUGCAUUGAGGACAAAGGCCUAUAUCGCUCAGCUUCUCUACUGGGGAGGCCCUUAUUUUAUUCCCAAGCCAGAGUACUGGCCUAGACAUCUGGGUUGAUUGGUGCAGACUUGUUGUCGCCUUCUGAAAGCACAGCUUCAGGUCCCACUACCCUGACAUUUGUCUGGGGGUGAAGAAUCUGUAGGCCCUGGAGGGAACCUGCUUUCUGUGGAAAGGAUAAAGGACUGCACACCUGCCCAGGUGAGACCAAGGAGGCCAGCACCUCCUGCAGGUCAUGGAAGAGGUUCAUGGUGCUCCCCUUGGCUCAGCCUAGAAGGGCCGAGCACUCUGGACUGUAGAUCUUGACCUAGGGAACAAAGCAAUGCUUGCCAAUUUGUCUUUUACCUUGACUGGGAAAAGAAAAUCAGAUUUAAAGGUUUUAUGAUGCUUUGAAUUUUCCAUCCCUCCUGAGAAUCUCUAAAAACUUGAAAUGGUCAUAUGUCCCCAUGGGAUUUUGACUGAUAUCAGAGCUGAAGGGAUUUUCAGUCAUUCAAUAACUUUAGCAAUGAUACUCUGAUGAAUCUUCUCCAUGAAUUUGGAUUUUUGGUUUUUGCAUUUAUCUGUUGAUCUAUUUGAGGUCUUUUUAUGUUUAUCAAACUUAUUCUUAAGUUUAAAAAAUUGAAAGGGUAUUUUAAGAUUUUCAAAUUUGCUGAUCUUCAAAGUGCUGAUAAUAGAGCAGUUCCUGCCACCCAUAUUCUGUUGAGCUAACCAAAUUGUCCAUGGAUUUGAGUUUCCCAUAACCUCAGAGUUAUUCGAACUCUUUUGUUAUAUUUUAAAAUAUUUUUUGGAAGAGCUGCUAAUUUUAUUUUAAGAAACAAAGUUGUAAAAAUAUAUGCCUCCUUUUUAAAAAAAAAAAAAUAAAUAACCCUUCUCUCCAGGCCGAAUAACCCGGCAUCACCGUGCACAGGUCAGGGCUCAGAGAGAGCCUCCGUGCAGAUGCGCUUUCUUUACAGUGGCUGUAAAAAGUUUGUAUUUAUUAUGUAUAAAAUGUUGAAUAAUAAAAAGUGAAAUUAA